AAGUAAAUUUAUUCGCUAGGAUGCACACCGUAUAGUCCGCUCUAGGAGUUCCAGCGCUGUGCUCCCAUGGAACGACGUCAUCUUGCCCCAUCUAAGAAGGGAAAGGUUGGAUUCGAUUAGAUAUUUCGUAGGAGUCAAGAUCCACCGCCAGCUCAUCACAUCGUUGGUGGAGAGAUGGUGAUCCGAGUCACAUUGCUUCAACUUCUCUGAAGGCGAGUGCACCAUCACACUGAAGGACAUCGCCAUUCUAACCUUUGCGCAUUGAUGGCAAUGUCGUUUGUGUGGACGAUCACCCACCACCCUCAUAUGUUGACGAGAUGAAUGGAUGGCAGUAUUUGAUAUGGACCGCCUUGGGUUUGUUUGUGCCUGCAAAGGGAGAAGGAGAUGACGAGGAAGAUGGUCUUCCACCAAUGAGGAGCCGCCAAGUAUCCAUCACUUGGUUGACGAACGAGAUCAAGAAGAAGCGCGACCUUGCUCAAGAUGGCUUUCUCCUCACAAAGGAAAGUGAUGAGGAACAUAAGGAAAUCUAUGCACGUGUUUACCUCAUCGGCAUGAUCUUGGUUGUUAGUGUAUCAUUGGGUUUCUCCUUCUUGAUACUCAUUGUAGGAAUGACGAUCAUGGUAGAUUUGGUACGGAUGAUCUUCAUAUAAUCCCCCUCCACCGUUGAUACCAGAUGUUUGGCCUUCUCCAUAAUGACCUCCAGCGCGUGCGACCGGCUCGAUGUAAACGAACGUCUCUUCUUUGGAAAUGCUAUUGUUGGUAAAAAAAAUUCAACCAUGGAAUCUACUUCUGCCUGAGUGGUUAUGAGGAAUUCCUCAUGCCACAACGCCCCGGAUUGUCUGUAUCGAUACACCAUACGGUCAACUCUCCUCGUGCCACCCAUGCAAGUAACCUCAGUACAAAUUCGAUGGAGAUCUUCAAGGUUCGGUUUCGUAGCAACCUUCACUUUUAGAAAAUUGCCAUCGACGUAAUGUACUCCCUUUUCGGUCUCUUCCGUAUAACCAUUCCACCGUAACCCAAGUAUGAACUUUUGGAAUGCCAUCUGCAAUAAAACGGUAACUUAAUU